CCGGCGGCUGGUUUCGAAGGGUUACAAGAAAACCGCAGUUUGUGCGGUAUUCGCUCAUUUAAAUACUCAACAUCAUUUACAUAGGCGUGCAAUUAUGUGCCUGCAAUGAUCUCCGCGGGCGGCUACAUUAGCAUGAGCGUGAGGGGGGCGUAACCUGCACGUAAUGCGUGCGGGCCGUUCGAGGUGCGACGGCGGCGGCCGGCCAGGGGCUCCCCAGUGCGGAUGUGUUUACGGCCAUGGAGACCUGUAAUGUAAACUUGCUCCUGCAAGUUGUGCUUCUGACCUUCCUGCGGCUGAUUGCCGGGCCGAUAUCCCUCAGCGUUGUCGGCGGCACUGGCGCCCGCUCCGAGCCGCUCGAGUGGCUGCUGGUGACGCUGGAUGGGCCGUGCGAGCGCGAGCAGACUGAGCUGUCGGUGGUGCGCCGCGGCUUGCUGGGGUACGUGCGGCCCGGACCGCGCAUCGCCUGGGCCUACUGCAGCGAGGACGGCGCCCAGCUGCUGGCCAACGUAACGCUGACGGCGCGCGACACGCUCCACCUCACCCACCUGCUGGACCGGCUGCGCGCGCACAACGUCACGCUGUGGAUGGAGCGGCGCGAGUUCUCCGUGUGCUGCUACAAGCGGCGCCACCGCAGUGUCUCGUUCGUCUGA